ACCUUCAGAACGCCGGCGCGCCCUCCGCCCGCGCUCGCCCGCCGCUUCCCCCGUCCCCUCGCCGAGUCCGCGCUUGGUACGGCCCGCGCCGCCUCCUCCGCUCGUGAGGGAGGCUCGACCCCCUCCCGGGCCGCGGCUCUUGGUGCCGCCCGGGAGAACCAGGUCAUCGGCCGGUUCCCGUGAAAACAAAAACAAUCGGCGGCGCCGCCGGGGGGGGGGGGCGGCCGAACGCGGCGAGCCAGGGGGGCCCGGGGCGAGACGCGGCGCCGGGUAGGGCGGGCGAGCGAGCGCGAGCGGCGGGGCCGGGGCGCCAUGGGGCGGGCGGGCACGGGCUGCGCGGGGCUCCCCGGGCACCGCGGCUAGCGCGCCCGCCUUGCCUUCGCCUCCCGCGCCGCCCGCCCGCCGCCUUGGGGGAGGAGGAGCAGGACGCGGCCUCGGUGGGGCCCGGGCCGAACCACUGCGGACCCCCGGGCGCCGGGGAGCCGGGCGCCGCGGUCUCCGGCAUGGAUCAGUGCGUGACGGUGGAGCGCGAGCUGGAGAAGGUGCUGCACAAGUUCUCGGGCUACGGGCAGCUGUGCGAGCGGGGCCUGGAGGAGCUCAUCGACUACACCGGCGGCCUCAAGCACGAGAUCCUGCAGAGCCACGGUCAAGAUGCUGAAUUAUCAGGGACACUUUCACUUGUUCUGACCCAGUGCUGCAAAAGAAUAAAGGACACUGUCCAGAAGUUGGCCUCUGAUCACAAAGACAUCCAUAGCAGUGUUUCUCGAGUUGGAAAAGCCAUUGAUAAGAAUUUUGAUUCUGACAUUAGCAGUGUGGGAAUAGAUGGCUGCUGGCAGGCAGACAGCCAGAGGCUUCUCAAUGAGGUCAUGGUGGAACACUUCUUCCGACAAGGAAUGCUGGAUGUAGCUGAGGAGCUCUGCCAGGAAUCUGGUCUGUCUGUAGACCCAAGUCAGAAAGAACCAUUUGUGGAGUUAAAUCGAAUAUUAGAAGCAUUAAAAGUCAGAGUUCUAAGGCCUGCUCUCGAGUGGGCAGUAUCAAACCGAGAAAUGCUCAUAGCCCAGAACAGCUCCUUGGAAUUUAAGCUACACCGACUGUAUUUUAUUAGCUUGUUAAUGGGUGGAACUACAAAUCAGCGAGAAGCCUUACAAUAUGCGAAAAAUUUCCAGCCAUUUGCCCUAAAUCAUCAAAAAGACAUUCAGGUAUUGAUGGGAAGCCUCGUGUACCUGCGACAAGGGAUUGAAAACUCACCAUAUGUUCACUUACUUGAUGCAAACCAGUGGGCUGACAUCUGUGACAUCUUUACACGGGAUGCUUGUGCCCUCCUGGGGCUCUCUGUGGAGUCUCCUCUCAGUGUCAGUUUCUCAGCAGGUUGUGUGGCGCUGCCUGCGCUAAUUAACAUCAAAGCUGUGAUUGAGCAGAGGCAGUGUACUGGAGUUUGGAACCAGAAAGACGAAUUACCUAUUGAAGUGGACCUUGGUAAAAAGUGCUGGUAUCACUCCAUAUUUGCCUGUCCCAUCCUUCGUCAGCAAACAACAGAUAACAAUCCACCCAUGAAAUUGGUUUGUGGUCAUAUUAUAUCAAGAGACGCCCUGAAUAAAAUGUUUAAUGGUAGCAAAUUAAAAUGUCCAUAUUGCCCAAUGGAACAGAGUCCAGGAGAUGCCAAACAGAUAUUUUUCUGAAGAAUGAGUUUGUUUGCAAUUUGUCUCUUCAUUUAAUGCACUGCCCAGAAAGAGCCAUGUGUAAGAGUUACUCUCUGUAUGAGGAACUAACUACAUGGAAAAGACUUCUGUGAACAUAAUUCUGACUUAAACUCAUGAAAUACUUCAUCUUGAGAAGAGUGCUGUGUGGAAAUCACCAAAUAUCUCGCAACUUUAUUUCAUCUGUUAUAAAUCUGAACAUCAACAUAGGAAAACUCAUGAGAAAAUGAAAAAGUGUAAACACAGAAGCAACAAGAAAUGUGACUCUUGUUAUUUUAAACCACAGACGGACUCGGGUUAAGGGAAUGGGGAUGACAGCUUUGGUGCUAAGUUAAUCAGAUAUUGCGAGCAUUCACAGUGGUAUGCUGGCCUAGAUGGUCUCUCCUGAAAUGCUUACCUAGGAGAGCUCGUAUUUGCUUGUGAAGGGAAAGAAUGAUAUUGCAGGAAAACCCAAGAAAUGACCACAUGGUCAGUUUCACGGUCAUGGCUACUGUGUACUAUGUAGGUUACCUUGGUCAAGACUGGUCCAGCUCAGAGUGCAUGCUCUGUUCAUACUCAAGCCUGGCUCACAGUGACUUGUGCUUCACUGUCAGGAUGCUCUGUAAAGUUUCUCAUCCCCCGUGAAGCAGGGAAAGAACAGAGGUGCCUCUGGACUGCAGGAGAAAGACAUCGUGCCAGGCAGUAUCCUGUGGAGGGAGGAGGGUGUAAGUUCGUUUACUAUGGAUAGUUUUUCCUUUGAAUUAAAUUCUAGAGUGUCAGGCUUUCUUUUUUCUUUUCUUUUCCUGUUUUUAAACUUUGUUAUUCCUAAGCCAAAUUUAGUUUUCAGGUUUCUUUUUUUCCCCCCUAUAACUUAUUCUUACCUUCCCACCUCAAGUAUCUGCAUAACAUUUAGACUUCACAUAAAGUUUAUGUGGUACAGACAUGCUCUUGAGGUUGGUGGAAAAUAUUUUUGGAAACAAGUCCCUUCACACAGUUAGCUCAGGCCAUUUUAAGGACGAUGGCUCUGCUGGUCCUCCUGGUGCUGGGCAUCUCUUUGAUAGUCUCUUGUGAAGCUCAUGAAACUUUAACAAGUGUUUGACCUUUCAGCUUCCUCUGUGAGGUCUUGUAGUCCCAGUGGGCAGGCAAGCAGGACAAGGGCCCAUAACUGAAACUUGAUCUUAAAAUUUACCAUGGAAAUGAGGUCUUAGGCUCUUUUCUAAAUGUGUGUACUUUAUCUGCGAGAGACUGACUGAAGCAGAAGUGGAUUCGAAGAAGACAGACCUUGACCAAAGAUGCUGAAAUACAGUGUUGGGAAUCCUUGUACUCUGGAACCAUGCCAUCACUGAUGUCAUGCUCAUGCUAGCUAGCAUGUAGGAGAAUGCCAUCUGUCUCUUUGAGCCUUAUUAGAGAACGUAAUGCUAGAGGAAGACUGUCAGUCACACAAAUAACAGGCAUUGGAAACAGCCGCACUAUGGCUUCUUUGAGAGCUGUUUCCUUUUCUGGUUGUGAACAAGGCUGCCUUACGACUCUGCUAAACCAAUAACACCUUUAGAUUCUGGUGUAGCCAGAGCCUCUCCACAGUGGCUAAGGUUGUUGUUGAUCUUUUUCUCCUCUGUGUGAUCAUCACAGAUGCCAUUUCUGUUUUAUUGGUGAUUAUAUGAGACUUUUAAUACAUAAAUGAACGGGUAUUGGUGCCUCUUUAUUUUUAAAAAUUUGAAGAAAAAGAGCCACCUCAUUCAUAGAGUGUGUAUUUUGUGAGUGUGUGAGCAUUUGAUUGGAAACAAGAAAGUUAUUAAGUAAAUUUUUCGUUUUACUUUUUCCACAGCAGCUAAUGUGUAGGGAGACAUUAAACCCACACCAAAUCAUGAGGGAUGAGGAUCCCCUAAUCUUCUUCUCUAGGUCGCCAAUCCUACAGGCUGUGCAGCUCAGAUCCCUAUGUUUAUGCGGUGUUGUUCCCACCUCAGUGCUGUCAGUCUUUGGGACAGUGGCUCUCAAAAGCCAAGAGCUCUUGGUUUAUCUGCACAGUACAAGCUGCUGGUAGACUACACUAGCCCUCUGGUUUCCCAGCUCAGCCUCUCAUACAGUGGACUGACAGCCUGUGCUCUGUUUAGUCAGCCGACUCAGGUUAUCUUCAGGGAAGGUAUGGAGGCGUGGUUUGUUUUGGUUCAUCUCCAGGAUGUAUACAGUGAAGACAAACCAAAUACUUUUCACCAUUGAACUAUCUGUACAUUAUCUUUGGUAACACUCGAAUAGUGUAGUCUUGGGGAACACACAGAGGAAACAUAUAGCGAGAAUCACAUACAAGGCUUGGUGUUUCAUAAGCAUGCCACCUGACAGUUGUAUGUGGUACUGCAGUGUUUACCAUAAAUAGGUACAGGCUUCAUGAAUUUUUCAUACUGAUUUACAAUUGAGUAGAUACCAAAAACAGAGUGGCAAAUGUAUUGUAGUAGCAGUUGAGGCAAUUAGUUUAGGGUGAAUUUUUCACUGUUGAUUUUACUUUAAGAUGUAGCAAGAGAAAGUUUUGUUUUUAAGGCAUUUUAAAGCUGUAGCAGGCAUAUGCUUCAUUUUCUUCCAAAGAGGCAAAAGCAGCUAGACUCGCUUACAGCACAUGCUUCGCUCCGUGGUAUGGAUGGACACCUACACUUCAUCAGUAGCAGUCUUAAAACUCCUCACAGCCAGGCAGGGGUGGGCUUCUAUAGGAUUUAGUGCCUGAACAUUUCUUUUGGGAAGGGACUGGAGUGAAUGUACUGGGUAUGGGAGGGAAGCAGAAGGAAACAGGACUGUGAGUGAGCGUGCAUGUGUGGGAAUUCAUCAUAACCCUCGAAGCUAGCAAGCGACCGCUGUUGGCCGUGCUUCACUCAUGACUGCAGCGUGCAUGUAUCUCUUCGCCAUGUUUUCUAACCUUCACUAAGGAUUCACCAGAUCAUCUUGCUCAGAUGCUCAGGAUGUAUUCCUUUGGCUUACCCCGUGCUCCUGGGUUCUAUGGUGUUUCUAUAAUUAUGAAUAGUGUUGCACUGUAAUCUAUCAUAUAGAGCUAUAUGUAUGGAAAUUUUUGAUCAGUUUUUUAAGAGAUGUAUCCUGUUUGCAAAGGCACAAUAAAAUUGCAUCUUCUAGAUUAUAGGCAAUAAAGAUAACAAUAAACCUUAUUUAACAAAUCAGACUGAUACUCUCUGCUUAUUUGAUUUGGUGGGGGAGGGAGGAUGUCUAACAUAUCCAGUAGUUUCAGGGAUUUCAUUUUAACUUAAAAACUCUGAUAUAUUUAAUUUAUAAAUUUCGGACUGAUAAAAUAGAGUUUUGGAAAACUAUAAGAAAUGCUUUGUUAAUGUGUGUAUUCCUAUGUAAAACACAUGGCUUCUUCUGUGUAUAUUUUUUAAAAUUAAAGACUUGCACAUUUAAAAA